AAGGAAAAUUCAAAAUUCAAAGAACAACGUUCCAACAAGAAACACGAUUGGCCGGUUCACCUGCUUGGUGGCCUUACGCGUUGGAGUGGCCAACGCCUUCUCUUUCUCUGUUCUUUUUAUGCCUUCCUCUCUUUUUAACAAAAUCUUUUUUCAAAUUUGCCUUUCUAGUUUCUACCUGCUUUCUCUCGUUCCUGGCGAGACCAAAAGCUUUGCAAAAAGGUUCCAUUAUUUUUUGGGUUGAGAUUCUGCAGAUUCUCCCCUCUUCGCCUUUCGAUUCAGUUGUAUUUGAGCUAAUACUCGCCGUAGAUGCCGAAUUGGGAACUCAGCAACUGUUGCCGGCACGACCAGGUCGUGUUCUUGGCCUGUGUUGGUGCCUUCACCGUUGUCAUCCUUGCGCUAUGGAGGACUGUGUUGCUUACACCUUUUAAGCUCAUCACUGUGUUUCUGCAUGAACUAAGUCAUGCAAUUGCUUGCAAGCUCACUUGUGGUCAGGUAGAGGGCAUCAAGGUUCUUCCCAAUGAGGGGGGGCUGACACAGACACGUGGUGGUAUAUACUGGGUGAUUCUGCCUGCUGGAUAUCUUGGUUCGUCAUUUUGGGGAAUGGUUUUCAUACUUGCUUCGACAAAUCUUCUCGCUGCGAGAAUUGCUGCUGGUUGUUUUAUUGUUGCUCUGGUUGUUGUGCUCUUCAUUGCUAAGAAUUGGACACUCCGAGGACUCUGUAUUGGAUUUAUCAUUUUUAUCGCCAUAAUUUGGCUUCUGCAAGAGAAAACUACUGUUCGUAUCCUUCGUUAUGUCAUUCUCUUUAUUGGUGUGAUGAACAGUUUGUUCUCAGUUUAUGAUAUUUAUGAUGAUUUAAUAUCUCGAAGAGUCAAUUCCAGUGAUGCCGAAAAAUUUGCUGAACUUUGCCCCUGUUGUACUGGGUGCGGAUGGGGGGUUAUAUGGGGGAUGAUAUCAUUUGCAUUUCUGUGUGCAUCUUUGUACCUUGGACUAGUCAUAUUAUCAUGAGGUUAAGAAUAUGGCUUGCAAACAGCUCUUGGUUUUGCAGAGUUUUACUGCUGUUUGUUUUGAUGGUUUGUACACUGAUUCUUGAUAAUACUACUUAUUGUUUGUACCAUAUAUGACAAUUUCUGUACAGAAUAUGCAUUCUUGUAUUUGAUUAUUUGCACAGAUUAAAAUCUUUAGGAAAGAGAAAAAUUGUCAUUCAGUUUA